AUGCAAUGGUCAGCACUGUGGUUAACCGUGUGGAAAGUGAUUUUGAUUUUUCCUUAUUCAAGAGUAUCGUCAGUGGCUAAGCCAAGUGUAUCACAAGCCAAAUACCUUGAUUAUGAGAUCGGAGCAAGUAUUCACUUCAACAUGCAGACGUUUAAUGGAACCAUGAAGUCGGGUGAGUGAGUUAAUUUACUUUGCCGAAACGAACGGAGAGACUUGAAAGCGUAUGAAAGGCCUUUCCCAUUUCUUCACUCUCCCUUUUCUUCUCUAGCAACCUGCUACGCCGACAGGGCUAUCUGUCUGACUGCUUUCAAAAAGCCGGACAGGGUUAGAACUAACAAUCGCGGCGACAUUUUUUUAAGGACUGAAAUACCUUGAAUUUCAUACGACGGCGUUUAGUCUUCAUAAUUAACGUCGAUACGUGAGCUUACAGAUCCAUUAACUUUUUUUAACAAUGCCCUCUGAUAUUAUUUACAUUGAACAGGACACGUGGUUUCCCCAGAUGCUUUUAACCCAACUAAACUGUCCACGGAUCAAUGGCUCCGGGCAGCGAAAAGUUUUGGUGCGAAGUAUGCUGUGCUCACACUCGAUCACUUCAGUGGCUUCCUGCUUUGGCCUACGAAAACAAAUUACAGUUAUUCCGUAAAGAGCAGUAACUGGAGAAACAAGACCGGAGAUGUAGCUCUAGAUUUCAUUCAGUCUUGUGCAAAAUAUGGUAUUAAACAUGCGUUUUACUACAGUGUGAAUAAAAACUGGUACAUGAAUGUCAGUAACCACAGGGCACCCAGUUCAGGAGCGCAGACAGUUUAUAAUCGUAUUGUUGAACAACAAAUACGAGAAUUGUUAAAUCCAAGCUCGAAGUAUGCGAAUCCUUUUCUAUUUUGGUUCGAUGCUGGUAUUGUUAGCGGAAUCAGCCCCAAUGUUGUGCCAAUAUUUCACUCUCUAGCCGAAAACAUAAUUUGUUUGAAGUGUCCAGCUUCUUCAGGGAUUGCAGGAGCGCGAUGGAUUGGUAACGAGAGAGCUGUGGCGUCUUUGCCUGUUUGGUAUGCAGUGCGCGAUGGAGGAUAUAAUGGUUAGUAAAAUUAAUCAUAAAGUCGCCUCCUUUUGUUGGCGCUGUGAUUGAUGGGAAAGUUCCAAGGUCCUCGUUUCAUCAGGGGAAUAAAGAAGGCUCUUUCCCAAGGUGUAUUUACAGGCAAUUUAAUAAGGCCAGGUACGUAUUGUAACAAGUCAGUGGAAAAUUUUCCGUGCAACACAUGUCUAAGGACAACCAUUUUCUUAAUAGAACUAUCAUUUUUAGCUUUUGUUCAUUCCCAUUGACAACCAUCGGAAGAGAUCAGUCCCCUUUAAGGCGAAUCCAUAGGGUGGAAUUUUGUGGCGAACUGGUUUCUUAUGGCUGCCUCGACAACAAUUAUAAUGGGUUCAAACACAUUAAGCUAGACAACGUUAAUGUUAUUAUACUGAUUGUCGUUUCAGGGGAUCCUUUAGGUGAGCAGUUCCGUCCUCCGUUCUGUGAUACUGUUAUACGUGAACAUAAAUGGUUUUGGCUCCCAAGUACAAGGAACAGAGUCAAAAAUGUGAGUACACUCAUUAGUGAAUACUUAACCAGCGUUGGACGGGGCUGUCACAUGAUACUUAACUUGAACCCGGAUCCUUUCGGCUUGAUCGAAAACGAGGAUCUUCAUGCCUAUAAGGGGUUUGGUCAAGCUAUUGGUCUGCUCUACAAGGAUCUGAUCAUAACUCAGAAAAAUGCGACGUUAAAAAUCGGUGUCGAGAAAGUGUGGAGAAUACCCAGAAUUCUCAAUCUGGCAAACGGAUCAGUGGUUGUAAUGGAGGAUGUAGCAAAGUUUGGUCAGUUAGUGAGUGAGUACCAGCUAAGAUUCAACACUUCACAUGGAUGGGUUAAUUAUCCCGAAUAUGGAAGUACUAUUGGACACAAGAGGAUACAUCCAUUUCCCCAAGUGCUUCGAGGAAAAACUGUUUACGCUAUCAGUUUCAAAAUAGUGAAAUUAGUCACAAGGGAUCCGUCAAUCACGAUACGUGAAGUUUCGGUUUAUGAUUGGACUGAGGCAACAAGGAAGCGAUAUAUUUGA